AUGAACGCGCGUGGUGCGGCGGAGGCGGAGUCGCGGCCCUUGGGUGACUCCAUCUUCUACUACGAUGCCCGCACAACAACAAGUGUGCAGGAGAUGCGGGGAUCGCUGCUUGAGGGCUGCUGUCCCGGCGACGGCGUCGGCUCCGGUUGUCUCAGUCUGCUCGCCACAGCCGUCACACCGUCCAUGCUCGCAAUCCCAAUGGCAUUCGCCGUCGGAGGUGUCAAGUUUGCGAUUGCGUGUAUCGCAUUCUGCAUCACAAUGACUAUUCUCUCCGUGCGUAUCCUUGCACACGCAUCAGCAUCUGCCGCAUCGGAUGAUUAUGAAUCAGUAGCUGGAUUUUUUCUUGGGGAAAAAGGAAGGUGGUUUACACGUUUCGUUUUGUUUUCAUAUAACUUUGGAGCUGGAGUAGUUUAUUUAAGCUUCAUCAAGGAUAUUUUAAUGGCUGUUGUCGCUACAAGAGGUUCUUUUCUUCCAACAUGGUUUCAAGGUACUACAGCGGGUAUUGUUACAUUUCUCCUCUUUGUGGCCUGCAUAACACCAUUAACAUUCAAUUCCCGUCUUGCAUCACUUCGUACUAUGGGAUUUGUCAGCAAUAUAUUGACUUGCUUUAUUAUUUUCUCUAUUAUGUAUCGGUUUUUCAUUCCUCUUGAACCCCGAGAAGGAAGUAAUAAUGUGGUAGAAACAAGUACCCAUCUUAAUGAAUCUACUCGAAAUUUCUCGUUAUUGAGAAUGAUGAUGCCAUACCUUUUUGCAGCACCUAUAUUUGUAUUUUCUUACGAAGUACAAUCAAAUGUUAUGGGUGUUAUAAAAGAUCUUCAUGAUCGCACAGGUGAACGUAUAUUUGUAUGCAUCUGUUUGGCUCUUACCAUUGCAACCUCAUUUUACUUCCCUCUGGGUAUAUUUGGAAGUAUGUCAUUCCCUCAUAUGUCACAGGGAAAUAUAUUGGCUCUUUAUGAUAUGCAGCGGGAUAACCUUAUGUUUAUUUCUCAGUUAUUUUGUUGUUAUAGCGCGGCCAUUUCUUUCGUAUUUUGUAUGUUUCCUUGUCGUUUUGCAGUUUUUAUGUUCCUCUCUGAUGGUUCUUCUUCAAAGGUUCCGAAAAAGUACCGUGUACGAAUUGGAACUUCACUCGCGGUGACAGGAGCCCUUUGUGCUAUUUUUUUACCAGAUGUGGCAAAAAUGGUUUCUCUCCUCGGUGCAUUGUUUAGCUCAGCGCUAUCAAUGACAUUACCAGCUAUAUUCGCAUUUAAAAUGCGCUGGAGUGGUACUUAUCUUACAUCAAUGUUUGAUAGAUGUAUUAGCUGGACUUUUCUUUUUCUUGGUAUAUUAUUUUCGAUCUCGGGAACCAUGGUGGUUGUGGUUGAUACGCUUGGUAUUUUAAAGAGUGACUAA